AUGUCAAUGGCAAAAAAAGAUUUAGCAAAAGAUAAUGAAAAACGUUCAUGUGAAUUAGCUACCGAUUUUACUCAUUUACAAUUACAACCAAUACAUAAAAUCAUGACAUUAAAAUUUGCACUUAAUCAAACACGGAAAGUAUUAAGUGUACGUGGAAAGAAUUCAAUUGAUGAACAUCCAUUAAAUUAUGAUGAACAUAAUCCAUUUAAUAUUUGUGCAGCAUCCUAUGUACCACAUUUAUCGGUAAGAAAUUUAAAAAUGAAACCGAAUUUAAUUUAAAGUAAUCUUUAAUUUUUGUUUAGUGAAAAUUCAUCAUCCGGUGCAGCCCCUUUAUCGGAAUUUAUAGGACAAUUAUGUCGAGUUACAAAAGCAACUGAAAUUGGAAUUCUAAUUUUAUUAUCAUUAUUAUUAACUUUUAAUGCAUAUAUUUUGAUCAUUUUGAAAAAUUAACUUAUCAUUAGAACGUUUUUCUUUUA